AUGGGUGCGGCAGACCGUGCCAGUUGGUUAGGGCAGAUACAGAAAGACAGGGCUAGACGCCUUGAAUUGGAUGUAGCAGAGACCGAUCUACGCCGCAGAAGACCUCAUGUGGACCUGCAAGAUGACGAUAAUCUCGAAGAAAACCGUGAGCCUCCCCCUGAGGUCAAAUCACUCAUCGACAUAUUUCCGGGUGUCUCCGCCGCCCUUCUUAUCCGCGUCUUCGAGAGGAAGUUGAAGGCGACUGAACUUACACGCUUCAAAGAGAAGUCAGUCACCGAGCUAGAUCAGGAGGAUAGAGUCUUCAAAAUGACCGAAUCGGGAGGCACAGUGGGCUUCAAGAAGGCAGCAGCGUCGCUUAAGGACUGGGGCCCUAACCCUCAGAUAUGGACGACUUGCUUUCUUGCCUAUCUGGCCGUUGUAGGGUACCUCUUCGGCGAGAACCAUCCUAAGGCAAUUCCCAACCUCCUCAUGUUUAUGAGGCAGAUCCUGGACUUCGCUCAGACUUAUCAGUGGUCGGAGGCAGUUCUCCCACUUGCCCUUAAUUUCCACCAAUACAUACUGGAUAAAGGAGAGCUAUCGACGGACAACUACCUGGUCACAGGCCCAUUUCGCGAGAAAUACCUCCGCCACAAUCUCACCCUACCUGCGAAGUCACCAACAAAUCCUCCAGCCCGGCCUCCCCUUGAGAACUGCACUAGUGAGACCGGCAACGUUGUUCUUAACCCCUUGUCCCUAAGCCUCACACCGCAGGGGCAACCACCUAGACCAAACACUGCUAUUCAAUAUCCCGUGUUCAACCCAGAGCUCCCAAGAUUACAAUCCUCUCCGUCACCACUCAAUGCGAAAGGCUGGAGCAAUCUUCUGCGCUACUAUCCAGGCGAUCUGGGCUCCACUAUCGCUGGGAUUCUGACCUACGGUGCCCAGGUUGGCUAUAGGGGCAAGAAGCAGUUUCGCUAUUCCUCUAACCAUCACAUACACGAACCCGGCAUAAUCACGGCCCAACUAGCAGAAGACCUCAACCUCGGCCGUGUUAGACUAGCCUCUAGGCCCUCCUUUGUUUCACCGCUUGGGUUGGUUCCUAAGCACGAUGGGGGAUGGCGCCGCAUCCGUGACCUAUCUUGGCCGCCUGGACAGGGCCUUAACCAGGGCAUACCGGACUCCUGGUCAGCGAUCGAAUAUAUGACAAUUGAUCAUAUCUACGAGCAGGUCAUACAAGCUGGCCGGGGUUGCACAAUCAUCAAGAGGGAUAUCAAGGACGCCUUCCGAAUAGUCCCCGUUGCCGAGGAUAACCAACAUCUCCUUGCCUUCCAGUGGAAUGACUCGACUUACGUCGAAUGCUGUCUCCCCUUUGGCCUCGCAACGGCCCCAUUUCUGUUCAAUCUCUUCGCCGAGGCAUUCCAUUGGAUACUCCAAUGCCACCUACCUGCAUUCCAUAUCAAUCAUUACCUAGACGACUUCAUCGUCAUUGCCCGGUCUCCCUCGGUGUCCGAGCCUACGGGUCCCUUCGACGAGGUUUACAACAGGGUCACCGACUACCUACGUAUCCCCCGCAAUACCAAAAAGGACCAGCAAGGGACCUGUGUUACAGUCCUAGGUAUCCAGAUCGACUCUAUUGCAAUGGAAGCUCGUCUGCCACCAGAAAAGUUGUGCAGCGCCACAUUGGACGCCGCAACUUGUCUGACGGCAGUGAGUCUCUCACUCAAGCAAACAGAGCGCCUCGCAGGCUUAUUAGCCUUCUGUUCAAGAGUUGUCCGGCUAGGGAGAACAAGGCUACAGUCUCUAUACUCCUUCCAAGCCGCUUUCCCACAUGGGAGUAGCGCGCGCCGCCGUAUCCCCUACGAGGUACGUGACGAUUUGGAAUGGUGGAGGGACUCCUUGUCUCUCUUCAACGGCGUACUCCUGAUUGACCCUUGCCGCCGCACUAUCACGCAUCUCUACACAGAUGCUUCUAGUAUAGGCCAGGGGCUCUUCUUCUUCUCAUCCAAGUCUACAUUAGACUGCUGGCUGGCCCAUUGUCACCAGCUUCAUCAAAGCAAUGCUGCCACAUUGGCCCUUGCUCAAGACGCACACGCGCACAUCAAUACUCAAGAAGUAGACGCCAUCCUCCAAGGCUUCCUACUCUUCAGCCACCAUUGGCUCCAUCAUACUCUCGUUAUCCACACGGAUAGCUCCACAGCGCACAUGGGACUCAAGAAAGGCUUCCUUCAUGGUCCGCCUAACGCACCUCUAAAGAGCCUACUUAUCCUAGCGGCGGCGAGAGACAUCCACAUCGUGCCACACUGGCUCCCCUCCCGGGAAAAUACAUUAGCAGAUGCGCUCUCACGUAAUAAUCUUGAAGACAUUGCUAACAUUUGUCCCCACUGGCAGGACCUCUCGGUAUUGAACCGCCUGCGUGGUUCUCUUCACGAGCUCCUCAGCUCAAUGCAGGCCACCUGA